AUGAUGCUUUCAUUCAGAGUUCUGACGAGCUCAUUCGGUUCCGUACCAAGGUCCCAAAUCAGACGGUUGGGAACCAGUUUAUUAAUACAGAAUUCCAAAGUGCGAGAUGACCGUUGGAGAGAUGAACUGGCUGCAGAGAAGGAGACCAAUAAGAGAAACAAGCCAGUGGAUACGAAGAUCAAGACCAUGAAGACGCUUAAAAAUUCCAAGAAUCCUACUCGCUUUCUGAGACGAAGUUUUGUGCCAAACCACGGAGUUGAGGAAAAAGGACGUGAUAAUCUGGAGGAUGUUCUUAGUAAAAAGUACUUGAAGGUGAAGAACUGUAUCACAAUUACCACCGGAGAGGGCUAUGAUCUCAAACAAUGUAUGAGAUUGCUUAAUAGCCAAGGGUUACAACCGACAAAUUUGGUGCCUGAUGAAAUCGUUAUAUUUGGUUAUCAGGAUAAUGGCGAUAAGGGUGAAAUAAUGAUUUUAGGUCAAAAUGGAUCUAUUGUAAGCUGGGGCUUCAAUGAAGCUACUGUUAGAAACAGGGUAGUGCCUUUGGUUGAAACGGCAAGCAUAAAUCCGCUUAAUGGAGAAGAGUUUGAGACUGAGGACAUGGACUACGUGGAAUUAAAAAAGAAACAAGAUCUUGAUAAGAUUUUUAGUUCGAACAAUAAGAUAACACCAAAAAUCGCAGGAGAAAGCUUUCUUUCCGGGGAUUUGAUAAUAAUCAACUCGUUGGAUUCUGAUCAAGGAAUGCUAGAUAAGGCAGCAUUCUCAAGUGGCGUAUCGAGAAGCACUAACUUGGCAGUCUUAGAAAAAGCAAUGGAAAAACAUAUAUCAAAGGCCAGAACAAUAACAGAAAACAUUUCUAAAGGAACAAAGCUAAACUUAAGAUCAAGCGACGCAUUGAAGUCAAUAGGCCGGCUUUUUUUAAUUAGAGGGAAGUUGAAUCUCUAUUCGGAGCUAAUUGAGACUCCUGAUCUUUAUUGGAGUGAACCCCAGUUGGAAGAGAUUUUCAAAAAUGUUUCGAGAUAUUUGGAUAUAGGUCCAAGAAUAAAUAUUCUCAAUAGCAAGCUGGACUACUCUACAGACGAGUGUCGAGCCCUCAUCUCUCUCUUGAACGAGAGAAAUAGCACAUUCUUGGAAUGGAUAAUUAUAUACCUGAUUGCUUUUGAGUUGUGCUUUGAAAUUUAUCAUUUCUACCAGAAAUAUUCUUCUUACUGCACAGAAACUGCGAAUGAUGAUUUAGAUGAGUACUAA